UCUCCUUUCUUGCUGUUCAUUUUAUCAUUCUCUGGAACCCUACAUAAAUAUUGGGAUUAUAAAAUCUGCAUUCUACAAAUUGUUUUACAAACCCAUUUACAGCAUUGCUGAAAAUGAACUUAAAAUUGGCUUAUCCUCUCCUAACAAUAUUCACAGCCAUAAUUUUUAUCAUAGUCUGGACUUUGCAAACAAGAGGGAAGACAUCCAUGAUUUGUGAAAGUCAUCUCCAGGAUCUUGGGUUAGAGGAGAAAACCCAAGGUAUCAACAGCCUGAUAUUUGAUGAUUUAUCUCCAGCAGAGAUGAUACGAGUGAACAGGUACUUACAACAAAAUCUAGCAGUACCACUGGUUGAUCCUUCUCAAGCAAAGCCAGAUGACAACGUCAUUUAUUCUAUCACUCUCCAGCUUCCUCCAAAAGCAGAGGUUCUGGAAUUUCUGGACCAUCAAGGGAGAAGACCUACUCGACAAGCACUAGUCACAGUCUACUUUGGAAAUCAGGAGGAUCCAAACAUCACUGAGUUUUUGGUGGGCCCUCUUCCAAAUCCAACAUACCACUAUGACAUCACAGAGGAAAAGUAUGGCAGAAAACUAACUUAUUCCAAAAGAUUUCUGUUAAAUAAUGACUUGGAAGAAAUGUAUUCAUUGCUGAAGAACAAGGAGUAUCCAAAGGCUUCCAACUUUAUGCACAAGGUAUUUGAUUACAAUGGAAACAAUUUUCUUUAUACUUUUGGAUUUCCUCCAGGCUUUGAAUCAGGAGACCGCCUAAUCUGGCUUAAUCAUUUGCAAAAUGUUUCUGGCUUUUAUGUGCACCCUGUUGGACUUGAGGUCCUAUUGGAUCUUAGUAGCCUAGAUAUUUCUGACUGGAAAGUGAAAAAGGUAUUCUAUAAUGGUCAAUACUUUGAAGACAUGGAAGAACUUGAGAGACAAUUCAAUGAUGGAUGUGUUAAAAUAGCCAAAGUCAAAAAGUCUCCUCCUGAUGGGGGAUAUACAUCAUUAAAACAAAGGGUGCCCCCUAAGGGUCCAGGUCCUCUGCACUAUGAACCUCGUGGCCCACGCUAUAGGAUCAAGAAUAACCAAGUCAACUUCAUGUCAUGGAGUUUUGCCUUUGGAACAGAUGUAUUCCAGGGACCCCGUGUCUUUGACAUCAGGUUUAAGGGUGAGAGGAUAAUCUAUGAACUAAGCCUGCAAGAUGCAUCGGCUGUCUAUGGCUCCAGCAGUCCAUUGUUAAUGUCAAGUAGAUAUAUGGACAUAAGCUAUGGGUUUGGACGUGCUCUACAUUCACUCACCCAGGGUGUGGAUUGUCCUUACUUAGCUACUUAUUUGGACAGACACUUAUUUGUUGAUACACCAUCACCUGUAACCAGAGAAGCCUCAAUCUGCAUCUUUGAGCAGAAUGCUGAGGUGCCUUUGCGACGCCAUUAUGAAAAUGGCCAGGCUCCAUUUUAUGGAGGAUUGGAAGAUUCCGUUCUCGUGUUUAGAUCAAUAAGUUCUGUUACUAACUAUGACUAUAUAUGGGACUUUAUUUUUCACCAAAAUGGAGUUGUUGGUGUCAGGGCCCAUCUCAGUGGGUAUAUUCAAUCAUCUUUCCUCAUUGGUGAUGCUACAGAAUUUGGCAACAGGGUUCAAGAGUGGGUGCUGGGGGCAAUUCACACACACAGUGUUCAGUUCAAGAUGGAUAUGGAUAUUGGUGGUGUGAAAAAUACCCUGAUGAGCAAUGACAUGGCUUUUGAAACAGUGGAGGCUCCCUGGAGCCCAAAACACAAGAUCAAUCGAAUGAAGAUGGUAAGAAAUGUGCUGGAUACUGAGAAUGAAGCUGCUUUCCGCCUUCAUGACGACAUGCCCAAGCACAUAUACUUUGCAGCCAACAGCACAAACAAGUGGGGUCACAAACGUGGUUAUCGGAUUCAGAUGGUGAGCUUUUCUGGAGAUCAUAUGCCAGAAACAGAUCCAAUGGAACGAGCCAUCAGUUGGGAAAGGUACAAGCUAGCUGUUACCAAGCGGAAGGAGAAGGAACCAUCCAGUACCAGCCCUUAUAACAUGCUUGACCCAUGGUCACCUACAGUUGCCUUUGCUGACUUCAUAAAUAAUGAGUCCAUCGUUAAUGAGGAUCUGGUUGCUUGGAUCAAUACUGGCUUCUUGCAUAUCCCACAUGCUGAGGACAUACCCAACACUGUAACACUGGGAAAUGUGCUUGGAUUCUUUUUGAGACCUUAUAAUUUUUUUGAUGAAGAUCCUUCCAUAUAUUCUCUGGACAGUGUUUUCUUCACCAGUGAGCAAGACUUCACUUCCUGUGAUGUCAACCAACUUGCAUGUCUACCAAAAACAGCUGCAUGUGUUCCCAACUUUCCCACUUUCACCUACAGUGGAUUCCAAAAUAUGACCAAACUCUGAAACCUGUUAUUUGAAUGGCGUGCAUAUGUUUUAAAUUAGAAGGGAGAAAGUAAACAGUUAAACUAUAUAUAGUGUAAACUGCAAUGUGUAUGAAGAGAAGCUCUCCCUGAAUUUUUUCUGUCCAAUAACUUUGAAAUCCAAUUCUUAUGAUUUUUUUUAAAAAAACAUUCACAUUGCUUGUAUUUGUAAAGUGGAUUUCCUGCAGGUCUUUUUAAGGGUUCAGAUAUCCCAAUCAGAUUUCUGCAUUGUAAUUGAUUUUCUCCACCAGUUGUGCUCCUAUUUGUCUCUCACUAUCUUUUAAAGAUGUUAAUAGAGGUCUCUGCACUCCAAGAAAGUAGAUUAGAACAGAAGAGAGGAAUAUAUAACUUUCCAUAUGUUGCUGUGCUGCACCUCCUACCUUGUCUCAAUAUUGGCCAUACAGUCCAAGGGUGAUGGGAUUUACAAAAAUGGAGGCAUUUAUUUUAUAGUAUACCCUAGAUGCACUCCAAAUUGAAGAAUUAAUCACAUAUAUUCUCUUCUGAUGUGAUCCAACAAACAGGUUUAUUAUAUAGAUUAUUAUUACAUAUUGUUUUAUUUCUGAACUGAAAGAGACCUUCCGCAGUUCCAUGGCAAAGAGUAUUUUCAGCUUUGGAGAUUCAAAUUAAACUACUAAAUCUUGCAGCUACAGUUAUUUGAAUAAUAAUCUAUAUUAUCUGUAUGAAGAGAUUUAGUGAGGUGAUUCAUUAUUCAAAAUUCUUGGAACCAGAAGUAUUUGGGCUUUGGGAUUUCUGAAUACAGUACUGGUAUUUGAAUGUACACAAUGAAAUAUCUUGGGGAUGGGACCCAAGUCUAAACAUGAAAUUCAUUUAUGCUUCACAUGCCUUGAAAUUAUUUUUUACAAUAUUUUAAAAUAAUUUUGUGCAUAAAAUAAAGUUUGUGUACAGCAAACCAUCAAAAAGCAAAUAUGUCAUUAUCCGAGCCACCUAUAGGGACAGUUUUGGAUGUUAGAAUAUUUCAGGUUUCAAUUCUUCUGGGCCUCAGCAAUGAGUACCACACACACUUUCCCUCCCUCUCCUCACCCAAGCUCCUCCUCUCUGUCACCAAUUGAAGUUCCUCUGCCCCCUCAUCCCCUGAAUGUGAGAAGGGUAGAAGAACAUCAAGAGGAGGAGGAGGAGUAGGAGG